UGACGAAAUCAGAUCAACAAAAACCUGACAAACAAUGAAGCCGGCAACUCCAUGACGCAUCUCUCUCUGCCGCUAUAUAAACUGUCAUCUCUGCAGUUCCAGACACCACUUCUCCAUUAGCAGCUCACCAUGAAGAUCGUUAUUAUUGCUGCUUUGGCAACCAUCGUCUUGGGCGCCCCCCAGUACAGCUACGACGCCCCCCGCGCUCAGUCCCAAGGAGGAAUCUCGGGCGGCGUGAACAAAGUGGUGGCCAUCCUCAGAGACGACAGAGACCGGGAUGACUUGGGCAGGUACAGCGUCAACGUCGAAACCGCCAACGGUAUUGCCCUGCAAGACUCCGGUUCUCCCGACGGACCUAAGGGAGCCGUCGUUGCUUCUGGCUCUUUCUCAUACACAUCUCCCGAGGGCAUUCCCGUUCAUGUGAGGUAUGUCGCUGACGAAAACGGCUUCCAGCCUCAGUCUGACCUGUUGCCAGUGGCUCCCGAAUUCCCCCACCCGAUUCCUCAGUUCGUCCUCGACCAGAUCGCCUUUGCUGCCCAAGAAGACGCCCGCCAGAGCAAGCAGGUCUCCUCUCCUUCAGGAUCUUAUGGCGCCCCUCCGAGAUACAACUGAGCCUCGAUACGAAAUGUCAACGAAGGACCUUAUUGUAGUUUAACUUAUUUUGAAUAAAACUGAAAAUCUA